AUGGAUGUCUCUGAUGCUGCAAACUUGUUUAGUUGUACAAAUCCAAACUUUUGUAAUGGGGUAGAUGCUGUAGGAAGUAGUGGGGGGUUACUUAUUUUAGGUUGGAGUAGCCUUGUUAUAUCUUGUAUUCAAAGAUCCCCUAAUUUUGUACUUUGUAAAAUCGUUGAAGUUAAUGGAAAUAUAUCAUAUGUAGUAUUUCUUUAUGGAGCGCCUCUCGUUGAUGAUAGGAAGAGAGUUUGGGAUCAAUUGUUACAAAUACUUUCUUUUUAUCCAAAAUGUUUAAUUUUAGGUGAUGUUAAUCAAGUUGAACGUUUUGAGGAUAAAUUAGGGGGGAGGAAUGUAAUUGAAGGUUGGGAUUUGUUUAACCAAUUUCGCUUACAAAGUAACCUUCUUGAAAUUCCUUUUUCUGGACCAAGAUUCACGUGGACUAACAAAAGAGAGGUUGGGCAUCUUAUUAUGGAACGUCUAGAUAGGGGUUAUAUGACGAAUGAAUGGUUUGUAACCUUCCCGGACAGUAAAAUAUCCAACCAACUACUUAUUGCUUCAGACCAUUCAGCAAUUGUUUACAAUGAUGAUGUAGUUUUAUUAAAGAAAACGCGACCAUAUCAAAUUGAAAAUUGGUGUCUUCAAUUUGUGGAAGUUUGUAAGUUAGUCGAUGACGUUUGGAAAGUUAAUAUUCAAGGUUCUCCUAUGUUUUUGCUCUCUCGAAAGCUAGUUACCCUUCGUCUUAAAAUUAAGUCAUGGUGUCUUAAGAAUAAAAAAUCUUGGGGUGUCAACUGGAGAAAGAUGAAUGAAAACCUUAAUACUAUUGGUUCAUCUGUGAAGAAUAUACACCAAGGGGAGGAAUAUAUUGACAAAGUUGACAAUGCUUUCUCUGAAGCGUCUAUCAAGGUUCAAUUUUGGAAGCAAAGAAUGAAAGAACGUUGGGUGGCUGAAGGGGAUUUGCCAACAUCGCUGCUUUAUUCUAGGGUUAAGGUCAGACAGAAAAAGAAUGAAAUAUUGACUCUUAAAGAUCAAAAUGGUACAUGGGUUGAGGGGCAACAGCAAGUUCAGAGACUAGUGGUUGAUUCCCUUAAGAAUGUUUUCAAUUGCGAUCGUGCUCUACCACAUAAUGACGAUAUUGAGAUGGUUAUAAGGGAGUUAGAUUUGCCUCGUCUCACAGAUGCUCAUGUCUCUAUGCUGGAACACACCUUUACUGAUAAAGAAAUUAAGGAUGUCAUGUUUGCUAUGGAUGAUUCAAAAUCUCCAGGUCCAGAUGGGUUUACGGCUGUUCGUAGUUUCUUGAAGACAGGUUACCUCCUCAAAGAAUGGAAUCAUUCCUUGUUGGUUAUGAUUCCAAAGCGGGAUAUUCUAGAAAAUACUGGGCAUCUAAGGCCAAUAAGCUUGUGCAAUACAGUGUAUAAGUGUGCUUCAAAGUGUAUGGUUGCAAGGUUGAAAUUGGUUCUUCCCAGCAUUAUCUCACCUUCUCAACAUGCGUUUAUCUCUGGUAGAUUCAUGACAGAUUCUGAGUCACGAAUAUCUUACAAAGUGUUAAUCAAUGGUCAUACUUCAGAUCAGUUUAGACCAAAUUGCGGAAUUCGUCAAGGUGAUCCCUUAUCCCCCUUUCUCUUUCUCUUCUGCAUGGACAUUUUGUCUCGAAUGCUUCAAUUAGGAAAUGAUUUAAAGCAGUUCAAAGUUGUUUGGAAGUUCCUGUGUCGAUUACGACGAAAUUGGACUCUAUUAUCACUAGGUUUUUGGGCUGGUAAAGCUAGCAAGGGUAUGCAUUGGGUGAAGAGGAACAUUCUACAUUUACCUCGAGGGCUUGGGGGUUUGGGAAUUCGGAGUUCGUCUUGCCUUAAUAAAGCUUUACUUAUGAAGUUAGCCUGGAGAUUACAUAGUAAACCCAAUUCUAUGUUGGCUGAGGUUGUUAAUAAAAAAAUUGUUAAACCCCUAAAGACUGGAAUUCAAGCUUCUUUGGUUGGUCGUGGUUUGUCUUUGGGUAUGCGAGGAAUUGGAAGAGCCAGCAACCACAUUCUUAGAGGUUGUAUUUGGAAAGUUGGUAAUGGGAAGAAGAUUGUGGCAGGAAGAGAUAAAUGGGUGAAUGGUGAUACACCCGUUUUUAGCUCUACGGUUACUCUCAGGCAGGCUAAGGAUUGGAAGGUUCAUCAUUUCAUCCUUCCUGCGGGUUCGGGUUGGAAUCAUGGGGAAAUUAAUUCCUGUUUCGAGUUCUCCGACGCUCGAAGAAUAGUAGGUAUGGAACUUCCUUCUGAUGAGGCUGAAGAUUUCCUUUACUGGAAAUUUCAUAAAUCGGGGAAUCUAACAGUUAAAACAGCCUACGCUAUGCUAGCAACAGAAGUUGCAAAUAAACUUGGCUUUGAUAUAGGGAAUGGUGAUUUCAAGACCUUAUGGUCUAUGAACAUUCUUCCUAAAUGGAAAUUGUUCUUGUGGAAACUUCUUCAUAAUGGUAUCGCUACUAAGGUUAAUCUUGGGCAAAGAGGUAUUCAACUUUUUAUGAUGUGUGAUCUUUGUGGUAUGGGGGAUGAAGAUAAUCAACAUCUCUUCCGGUUUUGUGAUUUAGCGCAACAAGUUUGGAGGAAUGGAGCGUUAGUAAUCCAUUCAGAAUUCAACGAAACUAUGUCUUUCAAAGAGUGGUUUCUGUUUUAUAUCCGACUAUUCCAACGUCGGGAUGGCAAGAAUAGCCCAAGAUGUAUUUAUUUUAUUAGUACUCUUUGGGGUUUGUGGUUAUCUAGGAAUAACCGCAUUUUUAGGAAGGAAGCUACUACUGUUUCAGCUGUUCUCGCUUUCAUUAAGAUUGGCCUGGAUCAACAUGGAAUUCUGCAAGAUCAACGUAAACCUUUUUUAAGGUUUAUGCAUACAUCAGAGGGGAUUUCUGUUUUUCCUCCAGGGUUUUCGAGGGUCAUUUUAGUUGGAGCGGAAGAUCAUGGUCCAAUUAGUACCAUCGUGAUUGAUGGUUCGUGGCACAAAAACACUAGGAAUGCAGGUAUGGGUUGGUGUCUUGACAACCAAUAUACUCCGAGUGAUAGAAUUCUAGGAGGAGCUCAAUUUGGUUCUGCGGAUUCUGCUCUUCAGACAGAGGUUACGGCAUGUUUUCUUAUCUUACGUUGGGCUGCUGAGGCUGGGAUUGGAAGAGUUACAAUUUUUUCAGACUCUCAACGACUGGUUGAUUUGCUAAGAUCGGAUGAUGUGACAGACAUUCAACUCAUUUGGACGCUUGCUGAAAUUAGAAGGAUUGCCAAAAACUUUAACUGGUGUUGCGUCAACAAGAUUGUCAGUUUUCAAGUUAUGACAGAGCAGAUUGACGAAGUAAGAAGCGAAUGGGUGCACCAUGUUGUUCAACAACUAUGUUCUGAAAGUGAAGUAGACAAGACCUCUAAUGAAGUUGCGGAUGUAGCAGGGAAGCAGCGCCCACAAAAGCCAGCUGAGAAGCAAGAUGGUUUGCAGGAACAUGUGAAAGAAGAUGCUGAAGAAGGCAAGAAAGUUGCGACAGAUGCAAGUAGGAUUAGGGAUAAGGAAGCAGGGGAUCCUUCUCAAGUAACUACUACUCCUGAAAAUUAUUUAUACUAA